AUGAAGGUAGGCAUCGCUGAGCUAGAACUACACAGCAAAAAGUUUUUCCGACUCUGCCCUGAGCAAACAUUAUCAGAAACACUUACAGACAAGGUGUGCUAUAUUUUUGUUUCAGGUAGACUAGCCUUCACGUUGGACUCUUUCAGCGACCCAGGCCAGAUAGUUGCCACGUUUCAGUUGCCGAGGUGUGCUCCGAAUAUAGCUGCCGUGAAUGAAAAGCAUCUGUCUACUUUGCUGAUUGAUGUCGAUGUGCAUCCCAAGUAUCUUCGAGUUACAGUUAAAGGUAAAGCGCCAGCGUUCAUAUUGGCGACAGUUGACGUUCUGCAGUGGUGCAUCGUUUCCAAAUGGGAGUUGGUCAAUCCUUUCGCUAACGGCAAGCAGAGAGCUAUCUUGACAAUACUCUCUGUCACAGCGACUCAGUAA